AGAGGCGGCGGAGCCGGGCCGCUCGGCACCAUGCGGCGAGAGGGGCUGCUGGAGGUCGCGCUCGGAUUUGUCGUGCUCUUAGCGUCCUACACGAGCCACGGGGCGGACUCCAACUUGGAGGCUGGGAACGUGAAGGAAACCCGAGCCAGUCGGGCCAAGAGAAGAGGCGGCGGCGGCGGACACGAUGCGCUGAAAGGACCCAAUGUCUGUGGAUCACGUUAUAAUGCUUACUGUUGUCCUGGAUGGAAAACCUUACCUGGUGGAAAUCAGUGCAUUGUCCCCAUUUGCAGGCAUUCCUGUGGGGAUGGAUUCUGUUCGAGGCCAAAUAUGUGCACGUGCCCAUCUGGUCAAAUAUCUCCUUCCUGUGGCUCUAGAUCAAUACAACACUGUAAUAUUCGCUGCAUGAAUGGUGGUAGCUGCAGCGAAGAUCACUGUCUGUGCCAGAAAGGAUACAUAGGAACUCACUGCGGGCAACCUGUCUGCGAAAGUGGCUGUCUCAAUGGAGGGAGGUGUGUGGCCCCAAAUCGGUGUGCUUGCACAUAUGGCUUUACCGGACCCCAAUGUGAAAGAGAUUACAGAACAGGCCCGUGUUUUGCUGUGGUCAGCAACCAGAUGUGCCAGGGGCAGCUCAGUGGGAUUGUCUGCACAAAAACACUUUGCUGUGCCACCGUGGGACGAGCCUGGGGCCACCCCUGUGAGAUGUGUCCUGCCCAACCUCACCCUUGCCGUAGAGGCUUCAUUCCAAAUAUCCGCACAGGAGCAUGCCAAGAUGUGGAUGAAUGCCAGGCUAUCCCUGGGCUCUGUCAAGGAGGAAAUUGCAUUAAUACAGUUGGGUCUUUUGAGUGCAAAUGCCCUGCUGGACACAAAUUUAAUGAUGUGUCACAAAAAUGUGAAGACAUUGAUGAAUGCAGCACUAUUCCUGGAAUCUGUGAUGGAGGUGAAUGUACAAACACAGUCAGCAGUUACUUCUGCAAAUGUCCUCCUGGUUUUUAUGCCUCACCUGAUGGUACCAGAUGUGUAGAUGUUCGCCCAGGGUACUGUUACACAGCUCUGGCAAAUGGGCGCUGCUCUAACCAGCUGCCACAGUCCAUAACCAAAAUGCAGUGCUGCUGUGACAUUGGCAGAUGCUGGUCUCCAGGGGUCACUGUUGCCCCUGAGAUGUGUCCCAUCAGAGCAACAGAGGAUUUCAACAAGCUGUGUUCUGUCCCUAUGGUAAUACCUGGGAGACCAGAAUAUCCUCCCCCACCGCUGGGUCCCAUUCCUCCAAUUCAACCCAUUGCUCCUGGUUUUCCUCCUGGACCUGCAAUUCCUGUUCCUCGGCCACCACCAGAUUACCCAUUUCCACCUCCGUCUCGGGAACCAGCAAGAGUGGUACCUUUCAAUGUCACUGACUAUUGUCAGCUGGUCCGCUAUCUCUGUCAAAAUGGGCGCUGCAUUCCAACUCCUGGGAGCUACCGGUGUGAGUGCAACAAAGGCUUCCAGCUGGAUCUCCGCGGGGAGUGUAUUGAUGUUGAUGAAUGUGAGAAAAACCCCUGCACUGGUGGAGAGUGUAUUAACACCCAGGGCUCAUACACCUGUCACUGCCGAGCUGGCUACCAGAGCACACUCACCAGGACCGAGUGCCGAGACGUCGACGAGUGUUUACAGAAUGGCCGGAUCUGUAACAAUGGGCGUUGCAUCAACACAGAUGGCAGCUUCCACUGCGUGUGCAACGCAGGAUUCCAUGUCACUCGGGAUGGAAAGAACUGUGAAGACCUGGAUGAAUGCAGCAUAAGGAACAUGUGCCUUAAUGGAAUGUGCAUUAAUGAGGACGGCAGUUUCAAGUGUAUCUGCAAACCUGGAUUCCAGCUGGCAUCAGAUGGGCGCUACUGCAAAGACAUUAAUGAAUGUGAAACCCCUGGGAUCUGCAUGAACGGGCGCUGCGUGAACACUGACGGCUCCUAUAGAUGUGAAUGUUUCCCCGGACUGGCUGUCGGCCUGGAUGGACGUGUGUGUGUCGACACACACAUGCGGAGUACAUGCUAUGGAGGAUACAAGAGAGGCCAGUGUGUCAAACCCUUGUUUGGUGCUGUUACCAAAUCUGAAUGUUGCUGUGCCAGUACUGAGUAUGCCUUUGGAGAACCCUGCCAGCCAUGUCCUGCACAAAACUCAGCGGAAUAUCAGGCACUCUGUAGCAGUGGGCCAGGAAUGACAUCAGCAGGCACAGAUAUAAAUGAAUGUGCAUUGGAUCCUGAUAUUUGCCCAAAUGGAAUUUGUGAAAAUCUCCGUGGGACCUACAAGUGUAUAUGCAAUUCAGGAUAUGAAGUGGACAUAACUGGAAAAAACUGCAUUGAUAUUAAUGAAUGUGUACUGAACAGUCUACUUUGUGACAAUGGACAAUGUAGAAACACUCCUGGAAGUUUUGUGUGUACCUGCCCCAAGGGAUUUAUAUACAAACCUGACCUGAAAACCUGUGAAGACAUUGAUGAAUGUGAAUCAAGUCCUUGCAUUAAUGGAGUCUGCAAGAACAGCCCUGGCUCAUUUAUUUGUGAAUGUUCUCCUGAAAGUACUUUGGAUCCAACAAAGACCAUUUGCAUCGAAACUAUCAAGGGUACUUGUUGGCAGACAGUCAUUGAUGGGCGCUGUGAAAUCAAUAUCAAUGGAGCCACCUUGAAGUCCCAGUGCUGCUCGUCCCUUGGUGCUGCCUGGGGUAGCCCAUGCACCAUAUGCCAAGUUGAUCCCAUAUGUGGUAAAGGAUUCUCAAGGAUUAAAGGGACACAAUGUGAAGAUAUAGACGAAUGUGAAGUGUUCCCAGGAGUGUGCAAAAAUGGCCAGUGUGUAAACUCCAGAGGAUCCUUCAAGUGUCAGUGUCCCAAUGGAAUGACUUUGGAUGCCACGGGAAGAAUUUGCCUUGACAUCCGCCUGGAAACCUGCUUCCUGGGGUAUGACGACGAGGAGUGCACUCUGCCCAUCGCUGGCCGCCACCGGAUGGAUGCCUGCUGCUGCUCUGUUGGAGCAGCCUGGGGCAGCGAGGAGUGUGAGGAGUGCCCUGUGAGAAACACCCCAGAGUAUGAGGAACUCUGUCCCCGAGGGCCUGGAUUUGCUACAAAAGAUAUUACAAAUGGAAAACCUUUCUUCAAAGAUAUCAAUGAGUGCAAGAUGAUACCCAGCCUCUGCACCCACGGAAAGUGCAGAAACACCAUUGGCAGCUUUAAGUGCCGGUGUGACAGUGGCUUCGCUCUUGAUUCUGAAGAAAGGAACUGCACAGACAUAGAUGAGUGCCGCAUAUCUCCCGACCUCUGUGGCAGAGGCCAGUGUGUGAACACUCCGGGAGACUUUGAAUGCAAGUGUGAUGAAGGCUAUGAAAGUGGAUUCAUGAUGAUGAAGAACUGCAUGGAUAUUGAUGAGUGUCAGAGAGAUCCUCUCCUGUGCCGAGGAGGUGACUGCCACAACACAGAAGGAAGUUACCGGUGUGAAUGCCCACCUGGCCACCAGCUGUCUCCAAAUAUUUCUGAAUGUAUUGACAUCAAUGAAUGUGCCCUGAGCGCAAACCUCUGCCCGAAUGGCCGCUGUGUGAACCUCGUGGGGAAGUAUCAGUGCGCCUGCAAUCCCGGCUAUCACUCAACUCCUGACAGGCUCUUCUGUGUGGACAUUGAUGAAUGCAGUAUAAUGAAUGGUGGCUGUGAAACCUUCUGCACGAACUCUGAAGGUAGUUAUGAAUGUAGCUGUCAGCCAGGAUUUGCACUAAUGCCUGACCAGAGAUCCUGUACAGAUAUCGAUGAAUGUGAGGAUAACCCCAAUAUCUGUGAUGGCGGUCAGUGUACGAAUAUACCUGGAGAAUACAGGUGCUUGUGCUAUGAUGGAUUCAUGGCAUCUGAAGAUAUGAAGACUUGUGUUGAUGUCAAUGAAUGUGACCUGAAUCCAAAUAUCUGCCUCAGUGGGACCUGUGAGAACACUAAAGGCUCAUUUAUCUGUCAUUGUGAUAUGGGAUAUUCUGGCAAAAAAGGAAAAACUGGCUGCACAGACAUCAAUGAAUGUGAAAUUGGAGCCCAUAACUGUGGCAGGCAUGCUAUGUGUACCAACACAGCAGGAAGCUUCAAGUGCAGCUGCAGUCCUGGGUGGAUUGGAGAUGGCAUCAAGUGCACAGAUCUGGACGAGUGCUCCAACGGAACACACAUGUGCAGCCAACAUGCAGACUGCAAGAAUACCAUGGGAUCUUACCGCUGUCUCUGCAAGGAAGGUUAUACAGGCGAUGGCUUCACUUGUACAGACCUCGAUGAGUGCUCAGAGAACCUGAACCUCUGUGGCAAUGGCCAAUGCCUUAACGCCCCUGGUGGAUACCGCUGUGAAUGUGACAUGGGUUUUGUGCCCAGUGCUGAUGGGAAAGCCUGUGAAGAUAUCGAUGAGUGUUCCCUUCCAAAUAUCUGUGUCUUUGGAACUUGCCACAACCUCCCUGGUCUCUUCCGGUGCGAGUGUGAGAUAGGCUAUGAACUGGAUAGAAGUGGCGGGAACUGCACAGAUGUUAAUGAAUGUCUGGAUCCAACUACAUGUAUCAGUGGGAACUGUGUCAACACUCCAGGCAGCUAUACCUGUGAUUGUCCACCAGACUUUGAGCUAAAUCCAACUCGAGUUGGUUGUGUUGAUACCCGUUCGGGAAAUUGCUAUUUGGAUAUUCGACCUCGAGGAGACAAUGGAGAUACAGCCUGUAGCAACGAAAUUGGAGUUGGUGUCUCCAAGGCUUCCUGCUGUUGUUCUCUGGGUAGAGCCUGGGGAACUCCCUGUGAAGUGUGUCCUUCCGUGAACACAUCUGAGUACAAAAUUCUGUGUCCUGGAGGAGAAGGUUUCCGUCCAAACCCCAUCACUGUUAUACUAGAAGACAUCGAUGAGUGCCAGGAGCUUCCUGGGCUGUGUCAAGGGGGGAAAUGCAUCAACACUUUCGGCAGUUUCCAGUGCCGCUGUCCAACAGGUUACUACCUGAAUGAAGACACCCGAGUGUGCGAUGAUGUGAAUGAAUGUGAGACUCCUGGAAUCUGUGGUCCGGGGACAUGUUACAACACUGUUGGCAACUACACCUGCAUUUGCCCACCAGACUACAUGCAAGUGAAUGGGGGAAAUAACUGCAUGGACAUGAGAAGAAGUUUGUGCUACAGAAACUAUUAUGCUGACAACCAGACCUGUGAUGGAGAACUCUUGUUUAACAUGACCAAGAAGAUGUGCUGUUGUUCCUACAACAUUGGCCGGGCCUGGAACAAACCCUGUGAACAGUGUCCUAUCCCGAGCACAGAUGAAUUUGCUACCCUGUGUGGAAGUCAAAGGCCUGGCUUUGUCAUUGACAUUUAUACUGGCUUACCUGUGGAUAUUGAUGAAUGUCGGGAGAUCCCAGGGGUCUGUGAAAAUGGAGUGUGUAUCAACAUGGUAGGCAGCUUCCGGUGUGAAUGUCCAGUGGGAUUCUUCUAUAAUGACAAGCUCUUGGUUUGUGAAGAUAUCGACGAGUGUCAGAACGGCCCAGUGUGCCAGCGCAAUGCUGAAUGCAUCAACACCGCAGGCAGCUAUCGCUGCGACUGCAAGCCUGGCUACCGGCUCACCUCCACAGGGCAGUGCAAUGAUCGCAAUGAAUGUCAAGAAAUCCCCAACAUAUGCAGCCAUGGACAAUGUAUUGAUACAGUGGGAAGCUUUUAUUGCCUGUGUCAUGCUGGUUUCAAGACAAAUGCUGAUCAAACCAUGUGCUUAGACAUCAAUGAAUGUGAAAGAGAUGCCUGUGGGAAUGGGACCUGCCGAAACACCAUUGGUUCUUUCAACUGCCGCUGCAAUCAUGGCUUCAUUCUUUCCCACAACAAUGACUGCAUAGAUGUUGAUGAAUGUGCAACUGGAAAUGGGAACCUUUGUAGAAAUGGCCAGUGCAUCAACACAGUGGGCUCCUUCCAGUGCCAGUGCAAUGAAGGCUAUGAGGUGGCUCCAGAUGGGAGGACCUGUGUGGAUAUCAAUGAAUGUCUUCUAGAACCUGGAAAAUGUGCACCAGGAACAUGUCAAAACUUGGAUGGGUCAUACAGAUGUAUUUGCCCUCCUGGAUACAGCCUACAGAACGACAAAUGUGAAGAUAUCGAUGAGUGUGUUGAAGAGCCAGAAAUCUGUGCCUUGGGUACAUGCAGUAACACUGAAGGCAGCUUCAGAUGUCUUUGCCCAGAAGGGUUCUCAUUGUCUUCGACUGGAAGAAGGUGCCAAGAUUUGAGAAUGAGCUACUGUUAUGCAAAGUUUGAAGGUGGAAAGUGUUCAUCACCCAAAUCCAGAAAUCACUCCAAGCAGGAAUGCUGCUGUGCGCUGAAGGGUGAAGGCUGGGGAGACCCCUGUGAGCUGUGCCCCACUGAACCAGACGAGGCUUUCCGCCAGAUCUGCCCCUAUGGAAGUGGGAUCAUCGUGGGGCCUGAUGACUCAGCAGUUGAUAUGGAUGAAUGCAAAGAACCUGAUAUAUGUAAACAUGGCCAGUGCAUCAACACAGAUGGCUCCUAUCGCUGCGAGUGUCCCUUUGGUUAUAUUCUAGAAGGGAAUGAGUGUGUGGAUACUGAUGAAUGUUCCUUGGGCAAUCCUUGUGGAAAUGGAACCUGCAAGAAUGUGAUUGGAGGUUUUGAAUGUACCUGUGAGGAGGGAUUUGAACCUGGUCCAAUGAUGACAUGUGAAGAUAUAAAUGAAUGUGCUCAGAAUCCUUUGCUCUGCGCCUUCCGAUGUGUGAACACUUACGGGUCCUAUGAAUGCAAAUGUCCUGCAGGAUAUGUUCUGCGAGAAGACAGAAGGAUGUGUAAAGAUGAGGAUGAAUGUGAAGAGGGAAAACAUGACUGUGCCGAAAAGCAAAUGCAAUGCAAGAACCUUAUUGGCACAUACAUGUGCAUCUGUGGACCUGGGUACCAGCGGAGACCUGAUGGAGAAGGCUGUGUAGAUGAGAAUGAAUGUCAGACCAAGCCAGGGAUCUGUGAGAAUGGACGUUGCCUCAACACAAGAGGAAGUUACACGUGUGAGUGCAACGAUGGGUUCACAGCCAGCCCCGCGCAGGACGAGUGCCUCGACAACCGAGAAGGGUACUGCUUCACAGAAGUUCUACAAAACAUGUGCCAGAUUGGCUCAAGCAACAGGAACCCUGUUACCAAGUCAGAGUGCUGCUGUGAUGGAGGGAGAGGCUGGGGACCCCACUGUGAGAUCUGCCCUUUUCAGGGCACUGUGGCUUUCAAGAAACUCUGCCCCCAUGGCCGAGGAUUCAUGACCAAUGGAGCAGAUAUUGAUGAAUGCAAGGUUAUUCAUGAUGUUUGCCGAAACGGGGAAUGUGUCAACGACAGAGGAUCCUAUCACUGCAUUUGUAAGACUGGCUAUACUCCUGAUAUAACUGGAACUGCCUGUGUGGAUCUGAAUGAAUGCAACCAAGCUCCCAAACCAUGCAAUUUUAUCUGUAAAAACACAGAAGGGAGUUACCAGUGUUCCUGCCCCAAAGGCUAUAUUCUGCAGGAGGACGGAAGGAGCUGCAAAGAUCUUGAUGAGUGUGCAACUAAGCAGCAUAAUUGCCAGUUCCUGUGUGUUAACACCAUUGGUGGCUUCACGUGCAAAUGUCCCCCUGGGUUUACCCAACACCACACUGCUUGUAUUGAUAACAACGAAUGCACAUCAGAUAUCAACCUGUGCGGGUCCAAGGGCAUUUGUCAGAACACUCCUGGAAGCUUUACCUGUGAAUGCCAGCGAGGAUUCUCCCUGGAUCAAAGUGGGGCCAGCUGUGAAGAUGUGGAUGAGUGUGAGGGCAACCACCGCUGCCAGCACGGCUGCCAGAACAUCAUUGGGGGCUACAGGUGCAGCUGUCCCCAGGGCUACCUCCAGCACUACCAAUGGAACCAGUGUGUCGAUGAAAAUGAAUGCCUCAGUGCUCACAUUUGUGGGGGAGCCUCCUGUCACAACACCCUGGGGAGCUACAAAUGCAUGUGUCCUGCUGGCUUCCAGUAUGAACAAUUCAGCGGGGGGUGCCAAGACAUCAAUGAAUGUGGCUCUUCACAGGCCCCCUGCAGUUAUGGCUGCUCUAACACUGAGGGUGGCUACCUGUGUGGCUGUCCCCCUGGCUACUUCCGAAUAGGCCAAGGGCACUGUGUUUCUGGAAUGGGAAUGGGCCGAGGUUCCCAAGAGCCACCUGCCAGCGGUGAGAUGGAUGACAAUUCGCUCUCCCCAGAGGCCUGCUAUGAGUGUAAGAUCAAUGGCUACCCUAAACGAGGCAGGAAACGGAGAAGCACGAAUGAAACAGAUGCUUCUGGUGUCCAGGAUGUGCCUGGGAUGGAAGCCAAUGUGAGUCUUGCAAGUUGGGAUGUUGAGAAGCCAGCUACCUUUGCUUUCAAUAUUUCCCACAUCACCAACAAGGUCCGCAUCCUAGAACUGCUUCCAGCUCUGACAACGCUGACAAAUCACAACAGAUACCUGAUUGAAUCUGGAAAUGAAGAUGGCUUCUUUAAAAUCAACCAAAAAGAAGGGAUCAGCUACCUCCACUUCACAAAGAAGAAGCCAGUGGCUGGAACCUACUCACUGCAAAUCAGCAGUGUUCCACUUUAUAAGAGGAGAGAGCUUAACCAGCUAGAAGACAGCUAUGACAAAGACUACCUCAGCGGGGAACUGGGCGAUAAUCUGAAGAUGAAAAUUCAGAUCUUGCUUCAUUAAUUCACCAUUCAGAGACCAAAUAAUUAAAAGAAAAAGAAUUUAGGUAGGUAGAUUUGUAUUUUCCCCAUCAGAAUCUUCAUGUCAUAGGUACAAUCUUUUGCCAAGUAAAUUUGUCUAAAUAAGCACUAUUCUUAUAUGACAAAAGUAAGGUACAGGUGAUUACCCUAGUUCAAACAACCACUUUCUCAGGCUUCUCAUGUGUAGCUAAGUCACUUUAUCAGAUGUGUUGAUUCUUAAAACUGGGGCAUGUACGUCCACUGAGGUUGGCUGUUCAUGCUGUCCUUCCAGUAGACAGAUGGCAAAGUGUUUCAUUUGGUAGACUGUUCGAUUUGUUUUCAAAUUGUGAAACUUUGCUUCUCCAAGUGCAAAUACUAGGUUGGCCAUUUACGGUAUCUAUUUGGUGCUAGUACAUUUUCAAAUUAGAUUUUAAAAAUACACUGUAAUAUGUACACAACUAGAAGCCAAAUCGUUAGGUAUUCAGUUCAAAUAAGUCAUUCAUGUCAAUCAACCAAAGUUAGUUCAGUAGAUUUUUUGCAGUUAUGAGUAUAAUACAUCACAUGUAAAUUAAGUGUGUGUAUACUGUAAUCAUGUUAUUUUUAUCAUUGAAACAUUUAUAAACUAGAAUAAUAAUGCCCUUAUUGUGAGGGUUUGUAAUGGUGCUUGUUAAGACCAAAGACUAACUAAAUAUCGACACCAAGUGGUGAUGGAAUUUCUGUGACUGGCCUACAUAUGCAUUGAGGUGGGGAACCGGGAAACCGCCACAGCCGCCAGAGGAUCACCAGUGCUCCUGCGUCCCAGUACGUGCAAUAUACCACAGUCAUUCCAGAAAUUCCUGUCAACAGGGGUCAGUGUCAUAAAUGUCACAAUAAAACAAACUCUUUUUUUGUUUUUUUUUUUUUUUGUUUUGUUUACCCUUUGGCUUUGUGUUCUUGCAUGGAUUUGGCACUGGGGGGACCUUUCUGGAGGUGAAAUAAAGUCUCCUAGGUUUAAGUCUCCUGGGUUUAUUAUUUAUGGCUCAUAAAAGUAUUGAGUAUACAACCAUUAGAAGAUGCAGCAUAUUUGUCAGUCCCUUGUGUAUGUCACUAGUGCUAGCAGAAUGAGUUCACUAACCCAACUUUCUAGAUUGUGCCAUCAUUUCUAAAAGAUGAGCUAAUUAGUCCUAUGACUUUUAAACUUCCAGACUUAAAUUCUUUCAAAUAUGACGCUCAAUCAUUGUCUUAGAGCAUUUGAGCUUCAUUAUAAAAGAUUUAUGCCCCUUUCCCUCAAAGACAGUGUUGGCAAGGCUUAGGUAUUCUAUCUUUUUCCCUAAACAUCUGUUGCUGGUCAUGCUAGCCUAAUUACAGAGUGCUAAUGUCAAAUUGAAUCCAACCAAAUGCUACAACUUUUUGUUUCUAAAUGUGCUCAUCUGAAGAUGCUGGUUUAUUUUACAUUAUUAAAUACUUAACUGUUAAGCUUACUCAACUGAUAAAAGAUAAUAUUUAAAAAUCCUUAAGGGCAACAAAACAUUUUGUGGUAGUGAAGAAAAAAUAUAAACAAAGAUUGUUACAUGAAGGGAGGAGGGGAUAGAAUUCUUCAGGACACAAGAAAGUCCUCUCAAAUUCUUUUACAAGUUACACUACAACAAAUGGAAUAUGUUGUGUUCUUUGUAUUCCAAAGAAAAGCUAGGGUUGGCUGAUAGAAGCCUCAGUUUAACACACAUCUUCCUAAUAAUAAAGCUACCUGUUGAGAGGAUGGAUUUCAUUGCAAUGUGGAGAGCUCCCUGUUGUCCCUGCAGUUUCAUUCUGGGUUAAGGACAAGGGUACUUUCCUGUACCUAGCAGUCUGUGAACACCUUGAGGGGUUUGUUCUUUCUACGUUGGGUUUUGGUUUGCUCUGGAUUUUAUUUCUUGUGUUUCCAUCUAAAAAAAUUGUUUCUCAGAAGCAAUAAACCGAUGAUGAUGAUGUGUAA